GCGGCCGAGGCGCCGCCAUUCCCGGGUCUUCUACCGUUUCCUCGGGCUCGCUGCAACGCUGACGGGCGCGAAACCAUGACCGACUCCACGGGACAGCGCGCUCGCCUCCGGUGCUACCCCGCGCUCCCGGUGUGGGUGGUGGAGGAUCAUCAGGAGGUUCUUCCUUUUAUAUACCGGGCCAUAGGCGCGAAGCAUCUUCCUGCCAGUAAUAUAAGUUUUUUACAUUUUGACUCACAUCCAGACCUCCUUAUUCCUGUGAAUAUGCCAGCAGACACCGUGUUUGAUAAGGAAACACUCUUUGGAGAAUUAAGUAUUGAAAAUUGGAUUAUGCCUGCAGUUUAUGCUGGCCAUUUUUCUCAUGUGAUAUGGCUUCAUCCCACAUGGGCUCAGCAAAUCAGAGAGGGCAAACACCACUUUUUAGUAGGCAAAGAUACUUCUACCACAACUAUCAGGGUUACAAGUACAGAUUAUUACUUCCUAAGUGAUGGUCUUUAUGUACCUGAAGACCAGCUAGAGAACCAAAAACCUUUACAAUUGGAUGUAAUUAUGGUAAAACCUUAUAAACUCUGUAACAAUCAAGAAAAUGAUGCAGUGUCUUCUGCUAAGAAGCCAAAGCUAGCACUGGAAGAUUCGGAAAACACUGCCUCUACUAACUGUGACUCUUAUUCAGAAGGACUGAAAAAGGACACAGUGACACAGAGAAGUGGCCAAACUUGCCUAGAACCAUCAUGUUCAUGUUCUUCUGAAAGUCAGGGAUGCCAGACCACAGUCAACACUGGGGAAAUUCUGGAAAUUUUGAAGAAAGGAGAUGCAUUUGUAUUAGAUAUUGAUUUGGAUUUUUUUUCAGUCAAGAAUCCCUUUAAAGAAAUGUUCACGCAGGAAGAAUACAAUAUCUUGCAAAAGCUGUAUCAAUUUAAAAAGCCUGGAGCGAACCUAACAGAGGAAGAGUUGGUAGAUAUUGUCGAUACUCGAAUUCAUCAGUUAGAAGAUUUAGAAGCUACUUUUGCUGAUUUAUGUGAUGCUGAUGAUGAAGAAACUGUUCAGAGAUGGGCUUCAAACCCUGGAAUGGAGUCACUAGUUCCACUUGUGCAGAGUUUGAAAAAACGGAUGGAAGUGCCAGACUAUGAAAUGGUUCACCAGGCUGGUCUAACCUGUGAUUAUUCAGAACUUCCUCACCAUAUCAGCACAGAACAAGAAAUAGAGUAUCUUAUUCAGUCUGUGUAUUAUUUAUUAAAAAAUUUACCAAAACCUACUCUUGUGACAAUCGCAAGGUCAAGUAUGGAUGAUUACUGUCCUCCUGAGCAAGUUGAUGCCAUUCAAGAAAAGGUCCUUAGUGUGCUACACUCCCUCUAUGGGACUCUAGACAUUCACCUGGUAUAUUCAGAAUCUUCUCCAUCUUGAAACAAACAAAACCAUAAAGUUUUAUUACAUGUUGGUAUAGUAACAAAGUUUUCAUUAAUUUAUUUGUAAAUGCAUCUUACAGAGAACACUGUUUUAUGUUAACUUUCAAUUGAAAUCUUCCAGGUAUUUUGAAUCUCCAAACAAAUAUCAUCAGUUGUUGAAUGAUGACAGUUUUUUUGUUUUUUUGUUUUUUUUUUUAAAGAUGACCGGUAAGGGGAUCUUAACCCUUGACUUGGUGUCGUCAGCACCACGCUCAGCCAGUGAGCAAACCGGCCAUCCCUGUAUGGGAUCCGAACCCGGGGCCUUGGUGUUAUCAGCACCACACUCUCCCGAGUGAGUCACAGGCCAGCCCGAAUGAUGACAGUUUUUUUGUCAUCAAGUCUAAUACCCCCAAUUGAUGGAACUGUUGCUUGUUUUUCUUCCCUUUCAUCAAUCUUUUUUCGGUGAGGAUUUUUUUUUCCUUUUUUCCUCCUAGUUCGACUGGACUAUUUGAGAUUCAUUCAUACAUUUAUUGGUUCAGUCAACCAACUGAUAUUUAUUGAACACUUACAUGUGCCAGACAUUAUUAAGUACUGAGUGUAUGGCAAUGAACAGAAUAGACAAGGUCCCUGCCCUCUUGGGGGAGACAGAUAAGAAACAAAUUAUGGAUUGUGAGAAGUGUUAUGAAGGAAAGGACAACCACAAACAUGUCAGGCAUGGUAGUACUCAGGACACCCUGGCCUUAUAGGAAAGUAAUAGUCUCAAAAGCUACUACCAAAAAAAAAAACACUUGCUAGUCCAUGAAAAUGUUGCAGGAAGUCUACCUUUCCAACACUGUUGGCAUUGUGUCCUAGUGCUUGCCAAAUGCUUUGCAGCAUUAUUAGUAUUAAGGAGGUCUGGUUAAGUAAACUUGACCAAACAAAAAUUAUUAUUAUUAUUUUUUUUUUUUUACCAAUCACAAAAGCCCUUCAGCUUUUUUUUUUUUUUUUUUUUUUUUUUGCCUCCCCACAGGUGGUCAUUGUGGGCAUCAAUUACCAUUACAGUUCCUAAAUGUCACUUUAUUUGCAGACUGGAUUGAUCCUUUUUUUCAAACAAACCAGCUUUUUAUAUAAACAGGAGAGGAAAAAGUUAAGUCUUUAAUUCUGAUCUGCCGUAAAUAUCCAAGGACAUAACUGUCUUCCACCAGCUUCCUCAUGAGUAAGGCACCCUUCCUGACUUGCUCUUAAUCAUGGAACUUUUCAUUUUCUCAGUUUUCCAAAGUCUUCAACUCUUCAGUAUCCCUUUCAUUUGGGAAUCAUUUUAACCACCUACUUAUUUUCUUUUCCUUUAAAAGGUAAAAUGUCAUUUAAAGAGAUAAACAAAGAAUACCCAUUAUUUAGUCCUAACACAGCAGUUUUUUUCAUUUUUGCAUGUAACUUUCAUGCUUGUCCACAUGGGUAACUGUAGAGUUGCAUGAAGCUAAAAUUAUAGUGUGUUACCUUUGUGUGGCUAACAUCCAAGGACAUAUUACCAUCGCCUCUCAGUAGGUGGCACCAGACCCUGUUUUUCCAGUGAUUCUAUUUUUUGGUGAAUUUUUCUUGUUACCAGUUUGAUUUCCCAACUCUGAUAGUAUGUAUGCUUAUUUGUGUUGUGAAAAGCAAAGCAAAGUGAUUCAGAUUUCCGUUUUGAUAGAACAUUACAUGCCAAAAAGGUUUAUUUUCUCUGUAAAAUCAGAAUUGCAAAAUUGUGCUAUUU